GGCUGGUGAGGUGUGAGAAGCUGAUCUGUGCCAGCGGAGAGGUCUGUUGGGUGAAGGACGGGGUCAGAGGAUGCCAACUCAAACAGGGACACUGCAUGCUCCACCCUGGUGCCCACUUCACCACCUUCGAUUGCAUGAAGGUGGUUAUGAGGUAGCCUCUGACCAGACCUCUGCCCAGUGGUUCAGGGUGGUGGUGGAUGUCUGCAGUAACGGAGCCUAUACCAAUGUGACUACAGUCUACGUCUUCUUCAAGUAUGUCACUGUCAACAGCCAGCACAACACCUGGGUGAAUGGUCAGAAUGUGUCCCUUCCCAGCACUCCAGCCAAACAGCUGUCUGUCAACAUCGCCAACAGGACAGUGGUCAUCGAGAGGGAUUCUGGUGUGCGUGUCACUUACUCCAUCUCCCAGGAGCUAUUCGUUACUGUCGACAACCACCUGGCUGGCAAGGUGUGCGGCGCCUGCGACAACUACCAUGGUAUUGUCAAGGAUGACAUGACAACAGCCAACGGGAAAUCCUACACAGAUGCGACUGUGAUUGUUGGCUACUGGUGGGUUGGGGACUUCUCUAGCUGGUGAUUGGUUGGCCUGUAGAGUAUAAUGAUCUGUAACUCUUCUUAUAGAGCAGUAGUGUAACAUGGUACUGUACAUAGAACAUCCCUACAGUAUUCCCUCAGUGUCCAGUUAUAAUAUUUGCUUUAAUCCUAUGCCUAGUAGAAGUGAUUU